AUGAUUGAAGACCUCGUGGCAGGCUUGACGCCUGGUCGGGCGUCACUGUAUCUCCUUGGACUGUUCGUUACAUUCUGCGUCUUCCGCAAGUUCCAGGCCUCAGCAAAAAUUGCUCGUCUCGGCGCGAGAGCCCCCAAGAUCCCUUUCCGUCUUCCAUAUGCACUCGACUGGCUCUACAAGACCUAUGAAGCCAAUCAAGCGCACGAGGACAUGGCUUGGUGGGAUGAGUCCAUCAAGACAGCGGGUGGCAAGACGGAUGCGAAGACAGCUGAACUCGACGCCGGUAUUUCUACUCGCAUGAUCAUCACCAAGGACCCGGAGAACAUCAAGGCUAUCCUCACUGGACAGUUCGCGGACUACGGAAAAGGCGAGACCUUCCACCAGGAGUGGAAAGAGUUCCUCGGCGACAGUAUCUUUGCCACGGACGGCGAGCUCUGGUCUCGCUCUCGUCAGCUCAUUCGCCCCAUGUUCGUGCGAGACCGCAUCGUCGACACAGAAAUCUUCGAGAAGCAUGUCCAGAAACUCAUCGCGCAUCUCAGCGGCAGCAAAUCUCCCAGCGGCGGCAAGGUGGUGGACGUUUCAUCCCUUUUCUUCCGGUAUACCCUCGACGCAGUGACAGACUACCUGCUCGGCCAAGGCACAGACAGUUUGGAAAACCCCCAGACCAGUUUCGCCGAAGCAUUCAGAUAUGUGCAGCGCCGCCAAGCAGAGCUUUUCCGUUUCGGAGUCUUUGCCUCCGUCAUGUCCCGCACCGAAUUCCGCAAGAAUCUCAAGAUCAUGGAGCAGUUCCUCCAACCCUUCAUCGACACGGUCCUCAAGCUCUCCGCCGCUGAUCUCGACGAGAAGCUAUCCAAGCGCGAAACCUUCCUCGACGCCCUCGCCCGCUUCACCCGUGACCCACGCAUCCUGCGCGAUCAACUCGUUGCUGUCCUCCUCGCCGGCCGCGACACAACAGCCGGAACACUCUCCUUCUGCCUCUUCGAACUCUCCCGCAACCCCGAAGUCGUCGUCAAAUUGCGCGAGGAAAUCGGCAGCAGACUCGGGCUUGGACCCGAUGGCCGCAAACCCACCUACCCGGACCUGAAGGAAAUGAAGUACCUCAACGCAGUGCUGAACGAGACAAUGCGUCUCUACCCCGCGGUUCCCUUCAACGUGCGCUACUCGCUCAAGGACACGACUCUGCCUCGCGGCGGUGGUCCGGACGGACAGUCGCGUGUUGGUGUGCUUGCAGACUCGCGGGUUGCUUACUCGACCAUGCUGAUGCAGCGGGAUCCGGACCUGUAUGAUGGACCUGAGUCGAAGAACUAUAUCGAUCCUGGGAAAUGGGUUCCCGAUAGGUGGACUUCGGGCUGGUCGCCGAAGCCUUGGCAAUUCAUUCCGUUCAACGGUGGGCCUAGAAUUUGCAUUGGGCAGCAGUUUGCUACGGUUGAGAUGGGAUACACUCUCAUUCGGAUUCUGCAGACUUAUGAUCGGGUUCUUCCGAUCCCGGCUGCUGGUAAGACUAAGAUUGAGGAUCCUGUUCUCAACUGUGAGGUUACUCUCAGCCCUGGCCAGGAAUUCAAUUGCGUUUUCCUCAAGGAGGGUGAGGAGGCUGCGCGAUGA